AUGCAUGAUCCGUUGAUGUGGUCGUAUAUCGUAUCCCCUGGAGAAGCAUCUCUCACUGAAACUGAACUACUGUUGCUAGGUGUACUAACUGGUAAUCUUUCUUUUUUCCACAACAUCACUAACUAUGACAAUCAGUCGGCUCUAAACAAAACGUUUGCUGGAUUACCAAAAGUAGCCAUCCAACACCCUGCAUUAGCUUUUGUACUAGCUAUAUUUUGUGUUGCAACAAUAUUUGGUAAUAUGCUAGUGAUGGCCGCCGUUGCUAAGGAACAGUAUCUUCAUACAGUAACCAAUUAUUUUAUUGCUUCUCUUGCUACAGCAGACUGUUUAGUGGGAGCAUUGGUGAUGCCAUUUAGUGCAAUACACGAGGCGAUGAACAAAUAUUGGAUCUUCGGGCAGGAUUGGUGUGACGUAUGGCAUUCCUUAGACGUGCUGGCAAGUACGGCAUCCAUUUUGAACUUGUGUGUAAUCUCUCUGGACCGCUACUGGGCCAUUACAGACCCAAUAAGCUACCCUCGAAGGAUGACACCAACGAAGGCGGGGCUGCUAAUUGCAUUUGUAUGGGUUUGUUCGUCGCUUAUCUCUUUUCCUGCUAUUGCCUGGUGGAGAGCGGUGUCCACCUCACCCUCUCAACCUUAUACUUGCGAUUUCACAGAUGACGUGGGCUACUUGGUGUUUUCGUCUCUAAUUUCUUUCUACCUUCCGCUGACUGUCAUGGGAUUUACGUACUACCGCAUCUACAAAGCAGCCCGGAUCCAGGCUCGUAGCCUCAGACUAGGAACCAAGAUGAUCCGUUCAUGCAACGGUGACCAGUCGUCUCCGUUAACUCUACGCAUUCAUCGCGGGAGAGUAUUUGAAGAAGAGGCCCUAAAAGCCGCUUAUCCAAGUGGGUCGAUGGCACCAUCUGUCGAGGAAGGUGAUGAAAGCACAGCCUUCAGAACAACCUGCCGUCACUUGAAAUCAUUUUCAAUCAGUCGUAAGCUUGCUAAAUUGGCCAAGGAACGAAAAGCAGCGAAAACCUUAGGGAUAGUGAUGGGUGUGUUUAUCUUGUGUUGGCUCCCAUUCUUUGUGACCAAUGUGCUCAUGGGGAUAUGUGAAGAGCGUUGCGUGGGUCAUCCAGACCUGGUAUUUUCUACUGUUACAUGGCUGGGUUGGAUCAAUUCGGGAAUGAACCCUGUCAUCUACGCUUGCUGGAGCCGCGACUUUCGUAGGGCCUUCAACAAACUUUUGUGUAUCUGCUGUCCUAAGUAUCGGAGACGGAGACAGCGGUAUCGAACAUGUGUUGAUAAAGCCCCACAGGAAGAAUUACACAUGGCCAACUUCAAGUGCGAUACUGAUAUUACUACUUCGGGACUUUAAUAUGCCAUUGAUAUGAUUACUACAAGUCAUAUAUCAUAUCCCGAAAAUAGAAGUCCAAAAUAAAGACUUUUAAAAUGAUUAAAUAAUAACAAACAACUGAACAAAAUAUGUGGUGUCAGUUCGUUAAUAA